AUUAAAACAAACAGGUUCCAAAGGAGAAAGAUGAAGAAGUUCUACAAGCAGAGGAAAACUGCUAUUAAUAAGUCUUCUACAUCUAGAAAGAAAUCUAGUCAACCUGACGAGGUUCCUGAUCACAGCGAAGAAGAGAUGAUUUUGCGGCUAUUUGACAUGAAUAUGACGUAUGGACCAUGUUUUGGAAUGACUAGACUAGAACGCUAUGAACGUGCAAAAAAGUGGGGUUUGAACCCUCCACAAGAAAUUGAAAACCUUUUGAAAGGUGUCAAUGUUCGCCCAGAAUGCUUGUGGCAUAAACCCAUACAUGUACAAAAAUAUUUAGUUGAAAAUAAAUCUAAAUAGUUUAAGGCUGUAAUUUAUGAUUCAGCAUUAUUAAUAGU